AUGCAGCCAGCACCCGAGCGCACCUCCCUGGCCUGCGGCUCCAAAGACAGCCGCUCACCCCGCCGCGAGUCGCGCUCCCCUCGCCGCACACGCAGCCGCUCGCCCGCCCGCGGUGGCGGCGGCGCCGCCGCCGAAUGGCGGGUCAAGCUGGACCGCCUGUUUGACAAGGGCUACCUGCGCAAGAGCGAGAUCGACACAGUUCUGCUGGAGGACAUUGAGAAGCUGAAUGAUGACGAGGCGGGCUGCGUGGUGGACCGUCUCACUGAGGCCAACCUAGAGUGA